GCGAGCGAGCGCGCCACGCGCCAGUCGCCCGUCACUUCGCCAGCCAGUCUCGUGCCAGCUCCCAGAGCGGGAGGUUGCGCUCCAUGCCGGCUUAACUCCGUCGCACGUGUUCGACAUCGCCCGCGUUCUGUGAACAUGUUUUCUACCAGUGCUCAUGAAGUUGUGAAUUAUUUUGGAUACCGAAUGGUUGCAAGCGGUUAAUUUAAAGCGAACUUUAGUGUUACCGAUUUCUUGACGCGGAGAUAUGAGUAUAAUAUUGUCAUCCCUCCAAGACCGGUGAGCGCCGGAAGCACGACGAGAUGAUAGCGACGUGUCUCGUCGUGUGGAGCCUUUGGGGCGCGGCGGCCGGCGGCGCUCGACCGGCGGCGCCGGCCGUGCCGCGCUGCUGCCCCGCCGGACAAGAGCUCGCGCCGGACGCGCUGCGCUUCGAGACGAUGGCGCGCUCGAGCGUCGCCGCCGCCUGCCAGCCCGCAGCCAACCUCACAUGGGAGCCGCUGGUGUACGCGCCGGCCAGAGGUACCUUCCUGCCCCGCGGCCAGCUGCCGCAGCACUGGAAGCUGGCGCAGGCGGCGGUGCCCGCGUGCGACGAGCUGCGCGCCAUCCCCGAGCACUCGGCGCCGUACGCGCUGCUCGCCAACAACGGCUCGCUGCUGCUGCGCAGCGCCGCGGCCGCGCUGCCGCUGGACCGCUACUGCGCCGACGGCCACGCCGUGCUCGUGUGCGCCGUGGACGCGCCGCGCCCGCCCAGCAAGUGCUGCGCCGAGACGCGCGCGUUCGACGGCACGCGCUGCGUGGAGGACGAGGCGCGCGCGGCCGAGGCGGCGGCGGAGCUGCGGGCGCUGGCCAACGGCAGCGCGGUGGGCGGCGGCUGGCCGGCGUGCGCGGAGGGCGCGCGCUUCGCGGUGGCGGGCGCGCUGGCGGGCGCGCGGCUGGCGGCGGACGGCGCGCUGGAGCUGGCGGGCGGCGCGCGGCUGGCGGCGGGCGCGUGGUGCGCGGAGGCGGUGGCGGCGGAGGGCGCGGGCGCGCGCGUGCUGGCGUGCGAGGCGGCGGCGCGCGCGUCGCGGCCGGCGCAGGCGGCGCGGCACGUGCUGUACGGCGCGGGGCUGGCCGUGGGCGCGGCGUUCCUGGCGGCGACGCUGGCGGCGGGCUUCGCGCUGCCGGCGGCGCACCACGCGCUGCACUGGCGCUGCCAGACGCACUACGUGGCGGCGCUGAUGCUGGGCGACGUGCUGCUGGCGGCCACGCAGCUGGCGGCGGACCGUGUGCCGCCCACGCUGUGCCGCGCGUUAGCCGUCUGUAUGCACUUCUUGUUCCUCUCGGCUUUCUUCUGGCUGAACACGAUGUGUUUCAACAUUUGGUGGACUUUCCGCGACUUCCGGCCGACGAGCCUGGAGCGCGGGCAGGAGGCGUGGCGCCUGCGCGUGUACAUGCUGUACGCGUGGGGCGGGCCGCUGCUGGUGGCGGGCGCGGCGGCGCUGCUGGACGCGCUGCCGCCCGGCGCCGGCGCCGCGCCCUUCCUGCGCCCGCGCUUCGCCGUGCAGCGCUGCUGGUUCUACGGCGACAUGGAGAUCUUCGUCUACUUCUUCGGGCCCGUCGGCGUGCUGCUGCUCGUCAACCUCGCGCUCUUCGUCUCCACCACGCGCCAGCUCACCUGCGGCCUCUGGCGCCGCGACGAGGUCAAGUCCACAUCGGAGAGGGCCGCGCUGGGGCGCGUGUGCGCCAAGCUGGUGGUGGUGAUGGGCGUGACGUGGGGCGCGGACGUGGUGUCGUGGGCGUGCGGCGGGCCCGACUACGUGUGGUACGCCACGGACCUGCUGAACGCGCUGCAGGGCGUGUUCAUCUUCCUGGUGGUGGGCUGCCAGCCGCACGCGUGGGCGGCGCUGAAGCGCUGCGCCGCGGCGUCGUGCUGCCGGCGCUGGUGCGGCCGCGCGCCCGCCGCGCCCGCGCAGCGCGCCACGCACUCGUCCACGCACCUGCCGUCGUGCGGCGAGUCGCUCACGCACACCACGGCCGCGCCCGCCGCCGCCGCCUCGCCGCCGCCGCCGCCGCCCAAGAUCCCCAUGGAGACAGUGUGCUGAGCGCCCGAACUUUUCAAUUGCGAUGGACGCUCCUACGUAUUUAUUGUUCAGUAUUAUUUUUAUAUUUAUAUUUUUGAUGAUGAUUACGAGUGUAGUUUCGUAUGAUACGAUGUACUGUGAACGUUUUGAAGCCGCCUGGAGGCUCCCGUGUAAUCGUAAGUCACGUUGUACCUUUGUACGAGCGUCGCGUACACAUUUGUAUAUGUAUGUUAUUUGAUUGUAGAUAUUGUACGUAUCUAAAAAUCUGUAAACCCGACGAGGCGUCGGGGUCGCUCUUGCCCCGUUUGAUUGGCUGUUAAACAAAAGUAACAAAUAUAUUGUGAAAUUGA